AUGGCAGCAAAUUUCUUGUUCUCUGCAACCCAAUGGAUGUAUAUUCACUCAUCUCCUUGGGAUUUAUCUCUUGCUUUGUUGGCACUCUUUGUUUUCCGAUGUAUAAAUGAAAGGCUUACCAACAAAGGCCCUAUGCUAUGGCCUGUGUUGGGGAUCUUACCCACCUUGUUCCUCCACAUCAACGACAUGUACAAUUUCGCCACUAGAGCUUUAAGUGAAGCAGGGGGAACCUUCUACCACAAAGGAAUGUGGCUAGGAGGGGCAUAUGGAAUCGCUACAGCUGAUCCUUCCAAUAUCGAGUUUCGGGAUUUGCUAGGGGAUGGUAUUUUCAAUGCUGACGAUGAAUUGUGGAGAGAACAAAGGCAAACAGUGAAAGCAGAGAUGCAUUCAAGCCGUUUCAUUGAGCACUCGCUUCAAACAAUGCAAGAUCUGGUGCACCAGAAGCUGUUGAAGCUGACAGAAAAACUGGUGGAGUCAGGAGAUAGUUUUGAUCUCCAAGACGUGCUUCUUCGGUUUACGUUUGAUAACAUUUGCACUGCAGCUUUUGGCGUUAAUCCUGGGUGCUUAGCCCUGGAUUUUCCUGACGUUCCCUUCGCAAAAGCUUUUGAAAAGGCAACAGAAUUAACUUUGUUCAGGUUCCUGAUUCCGCCUUUCAUUUGGAAGCCCAUGAGGUUCUUUGGAAUAGGAUAUGAGAAGGCAUUGAAGGAGGCAGUUGGCAUUGUACAUGACUUCGCUGAGAAGACAGUGAACGGUAGAAGGGAUGAGAUAAGCAAGCAUGGUAGGUUGUGUGAUCAAUCUGAUCUCUUGUCCAGACUUAUUGAGAUGGAAUAUAGUGGACAAGGCAAGAAGGUGCAAUUCCCAGAUAAGUAUUUCCGAGAUUUGUGUGUAAAUUUUAUCCUAGCAGGGCGCGACACCACUUCGGUGGCAUUGGCAUGGUUUUUCUGGUUAGUCCACAGGAAUCCAGAAGUAGAAAACAGAAUUCUAUGCGAGAUCAAUGACAUUCUGUCCCUUCGCGAGACACAGACCAAAAAUGGCAUCAUUUUCACAAUGGAAGAAUUGAACAAGAUGAUGUAUCUCCAAGCAGCAUUAUCCGAAUCCCUGAGGCUGUAUCCAUCUGUACCAAAUGAAGUGAAAGAAGUUGUCGAAGAUGAUGUUCUCCCUGAUGGUUCCAUAGUUAAGAAGGGCGCUCGAGAUGGAUUCCAUAUGGGGGAAAAUUGCUUGGAGUUUAAGCCAGAGAGGUGGAUUAGGGAUGGAAAGUUUGUCAGUGAAAAUCAGUUCAAAUAUGCAGUGUUUAAUGCCGGUCCAAGGUUGUGCCUGGGAAAGAAGUUUGCAUACAUGCAGAUGAAAAUGGUGGCAGCUUCAAUCCUGUUGAGGUAUUCAGUUAAGGUCGUUGAAGGCCAUGAUGCUUUUCCAAAAAUGACAACCACACUUUACAUGAAGAAUGGACUACAGGUGACUCUGAUGCCUAGGUUGGGGAAGGCUACUGCUGCUUAG